AUGGAGGCUGCCAUUAGAGAGCUUUUUAAAGUGUUUAAAGUGUAUGCAGGUCAAGAGGGGUCCUCCAACACUCUGAGCAGGGCGGAGUUCCACAAACUGGUCACGUCUGAGCUUCCCAACUUAGUGGAGAACACUGACGCAUCCGCCAUUGACCAACUCAUGAAAUCACUGGAUGAGAACAGCGACGGACAGCUCAACUUGAGGAUCUUGGGACAGAAGCAGCUGAAGAAGAAGCCUAGAUUCACACACAAAAUGGAGGACGCCAUAAAAACACUGGUCAUGACCUUUAUCAAGUCUUCCAAGGGGAAGGACAAUCUGGACUCUAGUUCGUUCAAGAAGCUGGUGAGCAAGCAGCUGGGAGGCAUCAUGGAGGAUGCCAACAGCUCUUCUGCGAUCAAGGAGAUGCAGAAAGGACUAGAUGAAAACAGCGAUGGAAAGGUCAGCUUCCAAGAAUACUUCACACUGAUCGGCUACGUGGCCAAGACCAUGAGUCAGAAACAGAGUGGAUCCGCUGAAACCGCUUCGUAG